AUGUCUGAUGAAAAUGAAAUAACUCCAUUAUUAUUCCCAUUUACAUCUCAUCGAUCUCGAAGAUCAAGUAAAUGUUCAGAAAUCGAUGAAAAUGAAAUUGUUUCAUAUGUUCAACAACGUAGACAAUCAAUAGCAUCAGUUGGUCAUGAUAAAAUCCCUAAAUCAUUUGCUUUACCCGUGACUACUGCAACUGGUGCAACUGGUGGUGGUGGUACCACAACUGGUGGUACCACAACUAGUGGAGUUGCUUCACCACGUUUAACUCGAUCAAUUUCUCGAAGUUCAUUAAUAUCAGGGAAAUCUUAUUCAAUUAAUGAUAUUAUUGAAAUUCAUCAACAAGAAAUUGAUCCUGAACCUAAAACAACAAUUUUUAAUGAAAUUAAAGUCAUUAUAAAAUAUUCAUUACCAUUAAUUAUAACAUUUUUAUUACAAUAUUCAUUAACAGUAGCUUCAGUAUUUUCUGUUGGUAGAUUAGGUUCAACAGAAUUAGCUGCAGUUAGUUUAAGUUCUAUGACAGCUAAUAUUAGUGGGUAUGCUAUAAUUCAAGGAGUUUCUACUUGUUUAGAUACUUUAUGUGCUCAAGCUUUUGGUAGGAAAGAUUAUAAUUCUGUUGGAGUUCAUUUUAUUCGAUGUAAUUAUUUAUUAUUAUUACUUUAUAUCCCAAUGGCAAUUUUUUGGGUUUUCGGAACUGAACCUUUAUUAAUUCUUAUUAUUGGUGAAGAAUCUAUUGCCAUGUGUAAAUUAGCAGGGAAAUAUCUUAAAAUAUUAACUAUAGGAUUACCAGGAUUUAUAUUAUUUGAAAAUGCUAAACAUUUUUUACAAACUCAAGGAAUUUUCCAUGCUUCAACUUUAGUAUUAAUUAUAUGUGCUCCAUUAAAUGGUUUACUUAAUUAUUUAUUAGUAUGGAAUAAAUCAAUUGGUUUAGGUUUUAUUGGUGCUCCUAUAUCAGUAAUAAUUACUAAUUGGAUCAUGUGUUUUAUGUUAUAUGGUUAUAUAUUUUUUAUUGAUGGUUAUCAAUGUUGGCCUCAACAAUAUCAAUAUUAUAAACUUUAUCAUAAAAUUUUUUUCCAACAUUGGAAUAAAAUGAUUAAAUUAAGUAUACCAGGAGUACUUAUGGUUGAAGCAGAAUGGUUAGCUUUUGAAAUUAUAACUUUCCAAGCAGCUAAAUUUGGUACUGAAGUAUUAGCUGCUCAAUCUAUUAUUAGUACUACUUGUGUUAUAUUUUAUCAAAUCCCUUUUGCUUUAUCAAUAGCAGCAGGAACAAGAAUUGCUUGGUAUAUUGGUGCUGCUUCAAAAACUGCUGCUAAAAAAUCCACUUAUGCAGUAUUAUAUACAGCAACAUUUAUUGGAUUUUUCAAUUGUGGAUUUAUGUUAACUUUCCGUCAUAAUUUAGCUUCAUUAUAUAGUGAAGAUAAUAUUGUUAUUGAAUUAGCUACUAAAGUUUUAAUUGUGGGAUCAAUUUAUCAAAUUAAUGAUUGUUUAUCAUGUGCCACUGCUGGAGUAUUACGAGGUCAAGGACGACAAAUGAUUGGUGGAAUGGUUAAUUUAAUUGGUUAUUAUUUAAUUGCUUUACCAUUUGCUUAUACUUUAGCAUUUAUUUUCCAAUAUGAAUUAUUAGGAUUAUGGUUUGGAAUGAUUAUUGCCUUGAUUUUUGUUUCAUUUAUUCAAACUUAUUUUGUCAUUACUAGUAAUUGGAAAAAAAUCAUUGAUGAUUGUAUUGAAGAAGCUAUUAUUGAAGAUGGUAAUUUGAAUAUUGAUGCUCAUUCAAUAUUACCUAGUAUGAGUAAUUCAAUUAUUGUAUAA